GUUUAUGACAGCAGGCGGCGGGCUCAGAACCGCUUACCAGCCAGUGAGAGGAGGUCGGCAGGGGUUGCAGACUCGGGAGACUUCCACCGGCGAGUCUCAGAAGUGCCACUAAAACUGAUUCAUAUGAACAUCUCUCAGAAGUGAGCUUAUGCAGCCUGUGGACUUCCAGACCACCAGCAACCUGAACAUUUUGGAGUUGUCUCUGAUGGGUAAAGUGUUUGGGUUCCUGAGGAAGUUUGUCCUGGCUGAGCCCCAACAUUCCUUAGCAAAACCCAUUGCCGAGGAGGAGGAAAAGGAGGAGGAAGAGGAGAACCAGAAGAAGAAGGAAGAGGAGGAGGAGGAGGAGGAGGAGGAGGAAGAGAACAUGAAGAGGAAGAAGGUGCAGAUAAGAGACUGUCUCAGUGCCUCGGACUGUCCUCACGGUCCCAUUGGUUUACACAACAUUGGACAGACCUGCUGCCUCAAUUCUUUGAUUCAGGUGUUGGUUAUGAACGUGGGUUUCACCAAGAUAUUGAAGAGGAUAACGGUGCCAAGGGAGGUGGAAGAGCAGAAAAGAAAUGUCCCCUACCAACUGCUCUUGUUAAUGGAGAAGAUGCAGAACAGCAGGCAGAAAGCAGUGCGGCCCCUGGACUUUGUUUAUUGUCUCCAGAAAUACAAUGUGCAAUUGUUUGUCCAGCAUGAUGCUGCUCAACUUUACCUCAUAGUCUGGAACCUAAUUAAGGACCAAAUUACUGAUGUGGAGUUGGUACAAAGACUGCAGGCCCUCUACAUAAUCCGGAUGAGGGAGUCCUUGGUUUGCCUGGAGUGUUCCAUGGAAAGCAGUAGAGAUAGUAGCAUGCCCACCCUUCCCCUAUCUCUUUUUGAUGUCAAUUUGAAGCCCCUGAAGACACUGGGAGAUGCUCUUCGUUGUUUCUUCCAGCCAAGGGAGUUAUCAAGCAAAAGCCAGUGCCUCUGUGACAGCUGUGGGCAAAAGACCAUUGGAAAACAGAUCUUGAAGUUGACCUACUUACCCCAGACCUUGACAAUUCACCUUAUGCGGUUCUCCAUCGGAAAUUCAAAGACAGAAAAAAUCUGCCACACACUGGAUUUCCCCCAGUACUUGGACUUAAAUAAAGUUCUUCUGAAUGAGCUAGACCUCUGUGACCCUGAGAAGCAGCUUGGAGGACAGUAUGAACUCUUUGCUGUGAUUGCCCACGUGGGGAGCGCUGACUUUGGGCAUUAUUGUGCCUAUAUCCAUAAUUCUGAGGAUGGAAGAUGGUUCUGCUUCAAUGACUCCAAUGUUUGUUGGGUCUCCUGGGAAGACAUUCGCUGCACCUAUGGCAAUCAUAACUAUCGUUGGAGAGAAACUGCCUAUAUUCUGAUUUACAUGAAGACUGAGUCCUAAUGGCUGCACCUUAAAUCUUCAGAGUUUGACAAAGCUCCAUCUUUGGUUCUGUUCCUGAAUCUGCUGACUUUUCCAAGAGAUUUUGCAAUAAGAAGAAGCACCAUUUUCAAAUUGUGCAGUUAAACAACAUUUAAGAUCAGGAGUUAUUAUCAAAAUACUUAGUGAAAUAUUGCCCAACUAGUUGAUCUCUAGCUGGGAGCAGGCUCCUGAGUGCUUCCUGCUAACUAUAGUCUUAAUCCUUUAUUUGGGAGAUUAUUGGUGCUCCCUGUCCUCCUGAAAGAGGAGGUACAGGCCAGCAGUGGUAAGGAGAGAUACUCAGGUGUCAGGGGCAGUGGUAAGAAAUUAUUUCAAUAUUUUAAAGUUAAAAAAUAUUUUAAAGCACCAUAGUCAUGUAUAGCAGAUGAGUAUCAUUUCUGUUUACCAUUAAAAUGCCUUUUGUCAUAAUCUGAAUUAAUUCCAUAAAUUUAUAGUGUUUCCUGAAUGUCAUUUGUUUAUUUGAAAAAUAUGUAUUUAUCAUUUAUGCUCUAUAAGGUAGUGUUCUAAGUGUAAAAAUCAAUAAAGUUCUUCUUUGCAAAA